UUAUCUACUUCCUUCCUUCCGUGUCAACUAAGCAGUGCAAGCUCUCAAGCUUUGAGAGUAUCUUUAUUAUAAUUCAAAAACUUCAAUAAAACUAUCUCUUUUCUAAACUUUCGUAUACAAUAUUCAAUCUGAGACUACACUCUCCAAUUUCAUUCUAGCACUUGUUACACGAAACAAUCAAAUCACGAAUCACAACUCACAACCAUGACUAUCGUUUACCGCAACGGUAUCGAAAUCGGCGAACUAAUCGUCUAUAUUCCUUCUCUAUUCCUCUCCAUUCUCCUCGCCUUCCGUCAUGGUUUUGGCCGCAGCUCUGGCUGGUACUUUCUCAUAGUCUUCUGUCUCGCUCGAGUCAUCGGUUCAUGCAUGUCCCUCGCCGCUAUAUCCUCACCCUCAGUAUCUCUUUUCACCGGCUCGCUCAUCCUACAAAACAUCGGUCUAUCUCCUUUGAUACUCGCUACACUCGGUCUUUUAAGUCGCGUCUUGGACAGCAUUAACCGAAAUACACAUACAUUCGUGCAGCCACGAUUACUGAAACUCAUUGAGAUACUGAUGCUGGUCAGUCUCAUACUUGGUAUUGUCGGCGGAACAAACGCAAGUCAUUCGUAUACCACAACCGGGAAAUGGAUUCCUGGAACCGAAAGUAAAAUUUCUAAUCUUCUGGCGAUUAUCGCCUUUGUGGCACUCCUCAUCAUUACCAUCCUCACCAGUUUCUCAAUCUCACAUGCGGAAAAUGGAGAAAAGAGAAUUUUGCUGGCUGUUGCUCUUGCAUUGCCAUUCCUAUCUGUUCGACUUCUAUAUUCCGUUCUCUCGACUUUUGUAACUCACUCUACCCUAUUCAAUUCUUUCACUGGGAGCGUCACAAUCUUAUUAUGCAUGGCACUUCUUGAGGAAUUGGUGAUUGUGGUUCUUUAUUUGGCGAUUGGAUUGACGUUGAGAGUUCAGUCGAAUGAUGUGGUUGUUGAAGGAGAUAUGCAAAGACUUCCAGGAGCACCGGAUAGUGAUGGGCUUGGUCAACAGAGUCGACAGAGUCAAAAAUCUGGAGCAGGGAAUAUGGUGUUGGAGAUUGCGAAGAAGUCGAUUAUUGGAAGGAUUGUUAUGUUGUUUGUACCGGGAAAAAGAGAGGAUGUGGAGAUGCAACAAUAUGUUCAGAAGCAAACAGCUUUCAUGUGUUUAUUGCGUAUAUUUGGUUUUGAUGCUGGAGAGGAUAUAUGGUUAUAUCUUAAUGCUCUGUAUACUGUACAAGGCUCUUUAUGUAUAGAUCGUUCUUGGAUAGUUAGCCUGCAUAUAGAAUCCUUUUAAUUAGCAUUUCAGAUUCUCAAAGUUGGCGCACCAAAAUCUUCUGUGCUGAAUAUUUAUAACGUUACGCAAUAUUGCUUUUCAAAAUAUCUUGAAGUGUUAAUUUCUUGAUGUGAAAAGUAUCAUCUAUCUAUUGUAUGGAUGAAUAAACUACCAUUUCAAAUUUAAUCAAAUAUCUAAUAGACUAGAUGAGCUUCAUUGUGGAAAUGGGAAGUUUAUCUCCAACCGUUGACCAGGACGACU